CCUACCUUGUUAGGUGUUAGGAUUGCUUUCGUCAAACAAUGGCGGCAGACCAUAAAAGAAAGAGAAAGAGUAGACUAACAGAAAGCAAACCAAACAAGCUUCCAGUUACCAUACCACUUGAUCUAAUUUCAGAAAUACUUCUAAGAUUACCGGCAGUAGAUCUUCUCCGAUUCCGAUCUGUUUCCAAACACUUCCGUUCAUUGUUGACUGACCCAGAAUUUAUUCACAAACACGCGACUCAGGCCAAUGAAAACGCCGAGCAUCAGAGACUGCUCUCUGUUUGGAACACCUUUAAGCCUCUUUACAAAAUAAAUCUUGAAACAGCCAGCGCCAGCAUGUCCAGCAAUGCACUGAAGGAACUGCAUUGGUGGAGUAGCGAUGUAGGGUCCAAUGAAGCAAUAAUAUUUGUGGGUUCCUGUAAUGGCUUAGUUUGUGUCAGCAAACAAGAAACCCCCUAUAAUUGUUAUAGCAUUCCUAACUUGUGGUUGUUUAAUCCCUUGACCAGAGAGUCGUACAAAGUACCACCUUCAGGGACAUAUAGACAACGUGGGCCAUGGUUUCGUGGGUUUGGUUUCGAUCCCACCACUAAAGGCUACAAGAUCGUAAGAAUCAGAAAGGGUGGCAUUGAGGUUUUUUCACUUAAACAAACACCUGGAAAUCUGGAAAAAUUCAAGAACCAUGUUCGUUAUCGAACCGAACGCCAUAUCCAGGGCAUGUUGCUGUAGUCCAUGGAGCUCUGCACUGGGACAUUGGCCAAGUUACUACCAAUAUUGCUUCGUUUGAUUUGGCUCAAGAGAAUUUGAGGGAUAUAAUGCCUCCGCAGAGUAUCGUGGAUGGAAAUAUUGGGGUGUUGCAGGGACAUUUGUGUGUAAGCUCUGUUAGUUUACCAACGGCAAUGACUUGUGUGUGGAUGAUGGAGGAAUAUGGAGUUACGGAAUCUUGGAUGAAAUUGUAUACAAUCAAAUUGGAACGUCCAA